UAAAGUUUUAGAAGAAUGACAGUCGAAUCUAGCAUUCUCGAACCGACGUUCGUCGUCUGGGAGGAUUCCCGCAAAGGAGAUCCCACCAAAAGCCAAUCAAACUACGUCCGCCACAUGUCACGCCUCAUUGCUUUUAUGAAGGCCCUUGAACAUUUCAAAAUGGCUACUGGUAGAAAACUAAGCAACAGAUCUUUAAUCAUAAAGUACAAUGCCCUUCUCGAACUUGAUAAAGGAGCAUCAAAUAAAUUUAUUGCGGAAAAAUACUGUGUGCCGCGAAGUACACUGUCAACCUGGGUUAAAAAUAAAGAAAAGAUCCUAAGAGCUGUGGAUGAAGGAAGCAACCCAGAGCGCAAGAAAAUGAGACAUGGAGAAUUUGAAGACUUAGAUAAGGCUCUCAUAAAGUGGUUCUUGAAUAUGAGGGACGGGGACCUUCAAAUUACUGGAGCAUUGCUAAUGGGAAAGGCGAAGGAGUAUUCAAAACAACUUGGAGUGGAUGGUUUUAAAGCUUCUUACGGUUGGCUCAACAGAUGGAAAAACAGGCACAACAUAAGGCUGAAAGAACUGGCCAACAGCGGAAAAUCUUUUGCCACGCAGGCCUUUCUCCCCUUAAAGGAGGAAACAUCAGUGGAGGCCCUCUCACAAUACAGUCCGCAAGACAUUUACAAUGCCAAAGAGUUUGGCCUGUUCUUCCAAUGCCUUCCAAGCGGAUGCUCGGAUUAUAAGGCACAAAAAUGCACCGAUGGAAAGCUUAGUAACGCCAGAUUGACUGGUUUAGCAGCAGCAAAUGCCGUCGGGGAUAAAUUACCGAUUUUUGUUGUUGGAAAGGCAAAGAAGCCAGGUUGCUUUGGCGAGGUGGCAAAUUUACCAUGCCGCUUUAGGGAUCAGGAAAAGAGCUGGAUUGAUCGUGAACUGUUUGAAGAGUGGGUUAAAGAAAUAGACAGAUAUUUUGAAACUCAGGGGAGAAAAAUAGCUCUGCUCGUGGAAAACUGUCCCGCGCACCCUGAAAUCGAAGGCCUAAAAGCUAUAAAUUUAGUACUCCUGCCGUCGAACGCGGCAUUUUGCAUUCAGCCAAUGGAUCAAGGAAUAAUUGGCAAUUUAAAGGCAAAAUAUCGUCAUCUGUUGGUGCAAAAGUAUGUAACUGCGUUAGAACUAAGGAAGGAUGUUCAUGAGAUAUCUCUGUUAAGUGCAAUGGGUAUGCUUACCUCUGCGUGGGAUAUGGUUACCAAGGCAACUGUGAUAAACUGUUUCAAAAAGGCGGGGAUACCAUCAUACGCAAUAGAGGAUGCAUUAGAGAACAAGGAUGACUCGUUGCUGGAUCUAGAUUACGAUCUGGAAAUACUCAAGGCAAUUAAUCCUACUCUUGUACCCGGAGGAAUAACGGGAGAAAAUUAUGUGGCUUUUGAUGAAAAUGUCCAAGCCAGUGCCCCGAUCUUAACUGACGAUGAGAUUCUUUCAGAGUUCGUUCCAGAAGUCGAGCAGGAGCUGAAAAAAGACGCUAAUGAGCGUCACAAUGCAGUGCUGGAAAAACCAUCGAUUAGCGAAGUGCGGAAUGCCCUGAAUAUAAUUUCACAACAUAGCAUGUUCUCAAGAAAUGGCGUGGAAAUAAGACAUCAUUGCAAUAAACUCUAUACACUGAUCGAUGCUGACGUAAAACUGAAUAAACGACUAUCCAAUGAAGAAAAUUGUCCUAUGAAUAUCGAAACUAAUGGUAGAUAAUGAAAACAAGUGAAAAGCAAAGUCCUUGUGUCU